AUGUUCAUCAUCAUCAACAUCAACAUCACCUUAGCAUUCCCUCUCUCCACCGACUCACGCUGGAUCGUCGACGACGGUAACAAAGGGCGGCGCGUGAAGCUCACUUGCGUCAACUGGCCGUCGCAUUUGGAAGCAGCUGUGGCGGAAGGGCUGAGCAAGCAGCCAUUAGAUUCGAUUGCCGAGAAGAUCGUUUCAAUGGGUUUCAACUGCGUUAGAUUGACUUGGCCUCUCUACUUAGCCACCGACGAAACGUUCUCUGGUGUUAUGACUGUGAGACAAUCUCUUCGCAAAUUUGGUCUUUUUGAAGCUAUCUCUGGUGUACAAGUUCAUAAUCCUUCCAUUCUUGAUCUUCCCCUAAUCAAAGCUUUCCAGGAAGUGGUUUCUUGUCUCGGAAGGAACAGAUUAAUGGUGAUUUUAGACAAUCACAUAAGCCAACCUGGUUGGUGUUGCAGUGACAAUGAUGGAAACGGUUUCUUCGGCGAUAAGCAUUUAAACCCUAAUCUUUGGAUCAGAGGCUUAAAGAGAAUGGCAUCAAUGUUUGCUAAUGUUUCAUCAAAUGUAGUUGCCAUGAGUCUAAGAAACGAACUUAGAGGUCCUAAACAGAACAUCAAAGAUUGGUACAAGUAUAUGCAAGAAGGAGCUGAAGCGGUCCACUCGGUGAAUCAGAACAUUCUCAUCAUUGUCUCUGGUUUAAACUACGCUACUGACUUGUCGUUUCUACGAGACAGACCGUUCCAAGUUAGCUUCAGGAGGAAAGUGGUGUUCGAGAUCCAUUGGUAUGGAUUUUGGAGUUCUUGGAAAGGAGAGGACUUGAACAAGAUUUGCAGGAGAGAAACCGAAAACAUUAUGAGAAUGUCAGGGUUUCUACUCGAGAAAGGGUUUCCUUUGUUUGUGAGCGAGUUUGGGAUUGAUCAAAGAGGGAGCAAUGUGAAUGACAAUAGGUUUCUGAGCUGCUUUAUGGCUUUAGCAGCGGAUCUUGAUGUAGAUUGGGCGAUAUGGACUGUUGCCGGAAGCUAUUAUCUAAGGGGGAAAACAAUUGGACCAGAUGAAUCUUAUGGUGUUUUGGAUUGGAGUUGGUCAAGCAUAAGAAAUUCAACCAUUCUUCAGAUGAUUUCUGCUAUUCAGUCUCCAUUUAGAGGACCAGGUCUAAUGGAAACUCACCCCAAGAAGAUAAUUUUCCAUCCAUCAACUGGACUUUGCAUCGUGAGAAAAUCACUGUUUCAACUAAAGCUUGGCUCUUGCGACAAACCUGAAAGCUGGAGAGUUUCUUCUCAUCGAGUUUUGUCACUAUCAGAAGAACAAAUCUUCUGCUUAAAAGCUUAUGAGAAAGGAAAGUCCGUGAAGCUGCGUCUGUUUUUCUUUGAAUUUUACUGCUCAAAAUGGAAACCUUUGUCUGGAUCAAACAUGCAACUCUCGUCGAUAACAAAGAGUGGAGCUUCUGUUUGUUUGGAUGUGGAUUCAGAUAGUAACAACAUUGUGACAAAAAGCUGCAAAUGUUUAGAAGGAAACUCGACCUGCGAUCCCAAAAGCCAGUGGUUUAAGCUUGUUACUAGCACAAGAUCCCGGUUUAAACCAAACCCGUUUCUUCAAAUUAGUCCAUACUCGAAGAGAUUUCUUCAGAAGUCUUUAUCAGUCUGA